GCCUAUCGCUUUCGCUCACGACAUCGUCACAAGCUCACUUUAGGCCGGACGCCUCGCCUCGCUAGCGCGGCUAGGUGUAGGCUACCUCGCUCGCUCCAUGCCGGCGGCGGCGGCUCCCCGCGUGCCCGGCGCCGCCCGGAGGCUGGGCAGGGACAAGCUGGAGCCUCCUACCCCAGCGCGAGGACAACGCCCCCGCGGCGGCGGCCGACAAGGCCAGGAGGAGGCUGCUACCGACGUUGUCGUUGGCCCCGUCCCCGACAAGGGGCGCCGCGGCGGCGUCCACGCUGCUGCGCCAUGGCGCAGCAGCAGUGUCGUCUUCGCUCAGCGUCUCGUGCGCGUCGGAGGCGUCCACCGAGUCGUUCUGCAGCCGGGCGUCCACGGGCAGGAUCGGUCGCCGCCCCGCGGGGCCUCCACGGCGGAGGGCGGCUGCCUCUGCCGGUCCUCCCUCCGCGCGGCCGGCGGCGUCCAGGAAGCCUGCUGGCAGCGUCAUCGUGCCAGGCGGUGGUGCAGCCACUGCUCAGGUGGUGGUGGUGCCGCCGGUGGUGGGCAUGUGGAACGGAGAAUCCAUCGCGACGUCGGCGAGGCCGGUGAAGUGCCCAUGGGUUACCCCUAACACUGGUACGUAGGUGGUCAAAACAAAUCAUGCGUUUUAUGGCAUUUCCGGUAAGCACUACCGGAAUCAAUAGCUUCGCCGAGUGCCUGAAGCACUCGGCGAAGCCUGAAAAACACUCGGCAAAGGUUUUCCCGAGUGUAACGCUCGACAAAGAAGGCUCGGCAAACAGUGCAUCGGCAAAGACUUCUUUGCCGAGUACUUUUUCUCGGACACUCGGCAAAUAUCUUUGCCGAAUGUCAGGGAGCACUCGGCAAAGAAAAGCGACCGUUACGGCGUCGGUUGACGGAGACAGCGGCUUUACCGAGUGUCAACGAUGACACUCGGCAACGAAGAUAUCUUUGCCGAGUGUCUUCCUGGCAGCACUCGGCAAAGCCGCCUUCUUUGCCGAGUGCCAGUUUGGACACUCGGCAAAGAGCCCGCCAGGGAGGGUCCCCAUGUCAGGCUCUUUGCCAAGUGUCCCAAUUGGCACUAUGUGUAGACACUAUGUGGAAUCAAAGAGUUUCAAUGUGGAUCUCUUAGAUUUCUACACAUAGUGUCUCACAACUUUCUCCAAACAUUAUAAAAUUUUUAUCACAGCAUGUACAUAUGAUAUCAUGACACGUGGACAAGUUUCAUGAUUUUCUGACUUUGUUUGUGUUUUAUAUAAUUUUUAAACAUGUGGAUGCCAAGUUCACGGCCAUGUUUAGUGAGCAUGUUGCUCGAAGUGUCCGGUAAGCUUCUGCAAUCGGUCGUAACUUAUGCUAAGUAACAUGAAUAUCAUUUUUUCAUGCACGGUUUUCCAAGUUUCGAGUGACCUGCAGUUCAAAUUUGAAUUUUCCGAAUAAAUUCAAAUAAAUGAACUAAAUCUACUAACUAUGGAAACUAUGUUAUAAUUGUCUACAAAUGAUACAUGUAGGUCUACAUAGUGUAGUAACAUACCACAAAAAGUUUGGAAGACAAAAUUUAAAAAAUGAAAAUACACUUUGCCGAGUGUCAACAGAUGACACUCGGCAAAGAGGGCUUUGCCGAGUGUCUACUAUGUGGCACUCGGCAAAGAAGCCUCUUUGCCGAGUGCCAGCCGUUGGCUCUCGGCAAAGACUGACGGCCGUCAGCUCUGGGACGGCCGCUGACGGCCCUUUGCCGAGAGCCCCCUUUGCCGAGUGUUUGACACUCGGCAAACCAUUCUUUGCCGAGUGCCGCCCUGUGCCGAGUGUUCAGCACUCGGUAAAGAGACUCUUUGCCGAGGGCCUAACUUUACCGAGUGCGGCACUCGGCAAAGCCUUCUUUGCCGAGUGCCCGACAAAAGACACUCGGCAAAGAAGACAACACUCGGCAAAGCCUCAGAUUCCGGUAGUGAAGGGUCAACACCACCAAAUAAGCACAUAUACAUUUACUAGCUUAUCGUACUAUGUACAGGACGCUUUUCACCUUUCUAAUGAUACACAUCAUAUUCGUAGGUUAUUCCUAUAAUCCUAUGUCCAAACCGACAGCACCUUGCGCAAGAACACGUAGCUGCGUCGACAGACACUCGCAUUUUAUGUUACUUCUAUAUAUACAUCAUGAAGAUAAAUCAUACUCACUCCAUUCCAAAUUAGUAUUCUUUUUAGCCUUUGAAUAUUAUAUCUAUGUUUAAAUGUAAGAUAAUAAACUAUAUAUAUAACACAUUCAUCAAGUAUUAUAUGAAUCCAUUAAAACUCUAAAACAAAUUUUAGGAUAGAGGGAGUAUAUAUGUUAAUUUUACGACCUUGAAUGAUAAGACUCCUCGGCCAUCUCGGACUAUGACGGUUAGAUCAUGCUUGACAUCACACAGACGUUUGGUGGCAUAAAGAAUACAAAUGUUUGGUGGGCUGUCGGUUAUUAUCGAGCAACUUGCCAUUUGUUUUUACUUUGCGUCUUUUGUUCAGUACGGUUUUAGCAGCUGGAAGCCAUGAUCACUAUAGAUAAUUUAUGUAGUGCUAUGCUUGGAUGCAAUCUGUUGAAUGCUACUGGUUCUUUGGAGCUUUUGCUUCUUUGUUCCUACUCAUCAGCCAGCCCUACCUGCUAGCCAGCGCUACCUUUGUUCACACACCUGAUAGCCUGUUAGGCUGGGUCCAUGCAUGAACAAAAACUGAUAAACUUUGCUCCUAGCCUCAGCUUUCAGCACUGUGGACAAUAAGUUCAAAUGUUGUAUAUUAUUCAUUUAGGUUUAGUUUGGAAUCUCAAAUCCCCUCCGAAAUUAGAGGAGAUUAAGGGAGAAAUUAGUUCAAACUUCUAGAUUUCAAACUAGCCCUGGGUUGGAAUACUGAAAUACUUGUUAUCAAAUACUCUAAUACAAACCCAUCUAAUUAAUCUAAAAACUUUUAAGGCUACUUUGGAAGCCACAAAACCGGUGAGGAUUUUAGCCCCUUCAAUCCCCUCCGGUUUUUGGACUCUCAAACUAGCCCUCCGGUUUUUGGACUCUCAAACUAACCCUGGUGACAAAAGAACUGGAGGGGAUCCAUAGCCACCAAAUCAGUCAUUAGAAUAUAUCGAGGAGAAAGGGAUUGUAGAAAAUUGAAGAGACUAAAAUAUACUCGCUAUUUAAUUUUAAAAUUAAAUAGAAAAAUGAUUUUAGCACUUUCAAUCCCCUCCAAUACUCUUGGUUUCAAACAAAUCCUCAGUAAAGGUAUUCAACCUUCCCGAAUGAGAGGCUGCUUUCAGCUGACUGUAAGGAGUUCAUUGAUUUGACCUUGCAACAGAUCCCUGCUACUAGGGAUGGCAAUGGGUACCCGAAACCCGAUGGGUAAAAACCCUAUUAGGGCACGGGUAUGGCGGAUUUUGAUACCCAUGAGUAUUUUAUUGGGUCAUUUGUUGUGCCCAUCGGGUAUGGUGGGCGUGGGUAUGUUUUCUAUUGCCCCAUACCCGCUACCCGAUGGGGAACCCGCUAAUAUAUGGCAUGUGGGUCCGGAUUUAUGUCUCAUAUAAAAUGAAUUUGCUCCCGAUGGGUAAAAACCCUAUUAGGGCACGGGUAGAAUCAAUGCUACGUUUUGUGUGAUUUGAAGGCAUGAUAUUGCCAUUUAAUGUUGAAUAUUGUUGAACCUGUGAUAAAAUUAUGUUGGGUUCGAUACAUUUAUUAUGCUAGUACUUAUUUUUGUGAUUUAAAUGAUCCUGUCUAUCGUAAUGUUAAUGGGUAUGGGUACCCGAUGGGUACCCGCUACCCAUGGUGGGUAUGGGUAUGGCGUAAUUUUGUACCCAUGAUGGGUAAUGAGUAUAGGUAUGGGUCAAUUUUUUCCUAGUGGGUAUGGGUAUGGCUUCAUGUGCCCACUGGGUACCUUACCCACUGCCAUCCCUACCUGCUACGCUGCCUUCCAUGACCAAGAGUGGGGAGCUCCAGUACACGACGACAAGAAACUGUUCGAAAUGCUGACUCUGUCUGGUGCACUGGCCGAGAUGGCAUGGCCUGCGAUCCUGAGCAAGAGGGACACCUUCCGGGAAGUGUUCAUGAACUUUGACCCUCUGCUGGUGGCGGAGCUGAACGAGAAGAAAUUCUUGGCGCCGAGCAGCCCUGCUAGCUCCCUGCUGUCGCAACACAGGCUGCGCGUAGUCAUUGAAAACGCACGUGAGUUGCUGAAGGUCAUCGACGAGUUUGGAUCGUUCGACAGAUACUGCUGGAGCUUCAUGAGCGGAAACAAGCCAACGGUCGGCAGAUACCGGCACACGCGGGAGGUGCCGCUGCGGACGGCCAAGGCCGACGCCAUCAGUCAGGACCUGAUGCGGCGGGGGUUCCUCGGCGUUGGGCCGACGGUGGUCUACGCCUUCAUGCAGGCCGUCGGUAUGGCCAACGACCACCUCGUUACCUGCUACCGCUUCGAGGAGUGCUGCGCCGUUGAAUCUUUCGCUGCGUCUGAUGAGGGCUACGCCGGUGACAACGGCAAGAAGCCGCCGCCGGCGGUGGCGAGCGACCAGGAGCAGGAGGUGAGUAUGCUGUGUGGGCUGGUGCAGUGCGUCGCCUUGGAGCCGUCGACGUCGAGAGCCGCCGCCACCUCCACUGUGAUCAGCAGCGUCUCGUAGCAGGAAACUCCGGUUUUACCUGCAUGCUGUUGACUCUAACGCAUGAGUAGGGAGUAGGAGAGUUGAUUUAUUGUUUGCUGCUGACUGCUGUGAUGCAUGCUGCAUGCAUGUGUAGAUAUCGUCGGUCGUUUGUGAUGUACUAUGUACAUGCGUUGUUGUUGGUUUCAGCUUUGAUAAAUGUGUUUGCUCGAGUUGGGUGUGUGUGGAAAAGAUGAACAAGAGGUUUAAUUUCAGAAGCGACGCGAUGUGUAUGUUCACACAUCACGCAUUA